GAAAAUGUUAUUUGCAGCUCUUAGGGGCUGUGUGUCUCUUCCUGGCCUCAAAAUUAAAAGCAUGCCAGCCGCUGUCUACCAGGAAGCUCUGCAUGUACACAGACAACUCCAUUACAUCUCAGCAAUUGCUGUUGAGAUGAGAUGUUCUUCUGAUUUUGGCCUCUGUGGCUGGAGUGAGAGGACAUGCCCUGUUUUCUCUGAUCAGCGUGAGAACGGUUUUGAAGAUGUGUUUUAAACCAGACUAAAGGAUCCCAUAGAUGGGCAAGAAUUCUGUAAUUUCACAUCAGACAGUCUCUUCUAAUCCUAAAUGAGAUGAAAAGCAGCUACAGGGGUUGAAACAAAGCAAGCCGGGCACGUGCGGGGAAGGAAGUUGAGCGUGUGCAAGGAAUGCAGCAUCUGGUUGGUGGAGAUCAAAGACAAGGGGCGGAGCUCUGCAUGAUAUCUUGAUUGAUUGCAGCUAUGAUGUCAUGUCACUUGGACAAGAAAUAUCCAUAUAUAAAGAGUAGUCUGACACAUUUUGACUCUAAAUCUUUUUAAUGACCUCAGAAUUUCUCUGAAGUUGGGGAAUGUUUUGAGAGAUGCAAAUACAGUGUCAGUAAAGCCUGAGGAUUAAUUUCUCAAGUUUGUGCGUAAGGGCAGUUUGUGUCUCUCGAUUAUAUUUGUUUCAGUUUUGAAUAAGUAUGGCAUGUAAUGCUUGUAUAUUGCUUCUAUUAGAGGUCAACUGGUUAUGGAUUUUGCAGAUAUACUGAUAACACAAGUGGUGGAAAACCCAAUAACUGAUAAACUGGCCAAUUGUUUUUAUGUGUUAAAAAUGUCAUUUUCUUUAUUGUGAUGGGCAGGGAAACAAGGGUGAAAAAUAAGUAAAAACCCAGAUGAAGUUUAUUGUGCAACUAAAAUCUCGAAAACCCAGAAAAAAAUUUUUUUUGGUGCAUAACGUGAGACUUUUAACUACAGUAUAAACAAAAUCUAAAUGCAACAUGGACUCUUAUUUUGAAAUGAAUGAUUUUCCCAGCUGCUCAUACAAACAAAUAAGGGAAACAAAAUAUGCACUCUUAUAAUCAUCUACAAGGUAAUAGUCUUAUACAUCUUAGUAAAAUGUAAGAUUAUAAGGUUUUAUUAUUUUUGACCAGAUGUGAAGUUGGUGACGUGAUGUAUGCGCUGAGAGGGCACGUUUCCAUUUACUCACAAUUGUCUUUUUAUUACUUUGCUUCAAUUUAGAACACUUGAUUAUCUAAUCAAAAUAACACAUUUGGGGCUAUCGACAAAUGGUCAUUGAUAUUUUGCUGAUAACUGUUCCAAAAGCAGCUAUUGGUGCUGGUUUUUUCGGCAAAAAUGAUUAAUCAGUUGACCUCGAGCUUCUACCACACAAUAUUGCAAUUGUAUAGUUUAGACACUAGGGGGCAAAAAUGAAACUACUGCUAGGAAUUUGCUCCAUUGUAAAGUCAAAUACAUUUUCAAUGACAAACCAUUUUUGUUAAUAACAUGUAUUAACUAUAGUUUAAAACAAAGUUUACUAGUUUACUGUGGUGGUACAAUGGUAUCAGAUGUUAAGGCUAUGUUACUUUGAUACACAAUGGUACUGAAUAUCUACCAUAGUCAUGUACCGUGGUAUUAUCAUGGUACACCAAGGCAUUUCAAAGAAUACCUUGGUGUAAAAAAACGUGGUAAUACCAUGGCACAUUGUAAUAUUUUUUUGUUAGUGUAAACCUUUGCAAACACUAGCCCAUGCAGAUAUGAAUCUGCACCCUUAGAACUUUGCAGAAAGCUCCAUAGAUUUCCGCAGAAUUGGAAUGGCUAUCUUUCACAAAGGCCCCUACGUGAUUGUUUAUUAAAUGUGUUUGCUAAUUUCAUUAUGAUUUCAGCUAUCAGUACUCUCAGCUCUGUUUAAUGCAUUUUAUAAUUUUUUUAAUCCACUCCGCAGAAUCCCAAAGAUUUUCCCCCAAGGUUACAGAAAAUGUGAAACCAAUUUGCUCAUUUUGUGUUGGCCUGUCCAUAACUGAAAAAAAGACCAAAUCUAUCUGCUUCCCAUGUAAUCAGAGCCAAAAAGGUGGUUUGUGAGGUAUGCAGUUGCUGUAGUUUGUAUGUGACACUCAUGUGAACUCAUAUUCAUGUCUCUUUUUCUGUUUUCCCCUCUCUUCCUCUCUCUCUAUCCCCUAUAUGGACUUCAAUCUCUCUCUGUUGGAGUGGGAGUUGGUGGUGCUAAGUAAAUUGAAAUGGAACAUGGCUGCCAUCACCCCUCUUGACUUUAUCGAACACAUCCUGCACAAACUUCCCUUUCCCGAGGACAGACUAAAGCUGAUCCGCAAACAUGCGAAAACAUUCAUCGCCCUCUGUGCAACAGAUCAGAGCUUCACCAUGUUACCUCCCUCCAUGAUCGCCACAGGAAGUGUGGGGGCAGCAGUAUAUGGUCUUCAGCCCGACCAGAGCGACCAAAGUCUAUGGAAGGACAGUCUGAUGGAGCUGCUGGCGAAAAUCACCCACACUGAAGUGGACUGUCUGAAGUCAUGUCAGGAGCAGAUUGAGCAGUUGCUGGCCAAUAGUCUCAAAGAGAGUCAACAUCAACAAACACAGGAGCGUGGCGCCACCAAAAAAGGGACACAAUCUCAGAAUCUGUCCUGCACCCCUACAGAUGUCCGUGAUGUCAACCUAUGAUGUCACUUCCUGUUCAUAUCAUCACACCUCCUUAACCUGCAAAUGACAUAUGACUAUUAUCUUAUUAUUGGAUCUAAGAUUUAUUUCAAAGCCACAUUAGAUGAUUGAGACAUGUCAUAGUUACAGUAUAUAUGCAGAAAAUUCAAACACAAGCUUGAUGUUUUAUAAAGGAGCAAAACAGCUGCUGCUUCUGCCUCAAAUCUUCAGGUGGUGACAUUUUACAUACUUGAAUUUUAAUUGAAAAGGCCACAAAUCAUAAUUAAAUAAUACAGUAUAUUAUAUAUCACUCAACAAAGAGCAUACACGGGUGUUGGCUUUUGCAUACAACUUUAUCACAUAUUAUUAGGAUUAGAUAUGAAUUAUUAAAAUAAUUAUUUUAGAGGACAGAAAGCAUUCAUCCAGGAUCAGUUUGCUUAUCAUAUAAUAUAUAUAUAUAUAUAUAUAUAUAUAUACAACUUAGCAGCAGAUGAUCAUAAAUUAAAACCUUAUAUACAGAUUAAUGUAAUUGCAUGCAAUAAGCAUAUGUAAUUCUUUAAUAUGCUUGUCAUAUUAAACAGUUUUGGUCUGUGCACACUGACCAUAAUAAUUUCAGUAGCACACAGGUGAUUUCAGAUGGACACUAAGUAUGUAGUGAAGGUGGAGUAAAGGUGUGGUAGGCAAGGAAGAAAAGAGGUGGAUUUAAGGAUUUCAGGUGGAAUUGGAAAGAUGACGCACGUGAUUGUAAGAUAGACUGAUGCGGAGGACAGACAGACUGAUGAACAAAGUUCUGGAACAUUGAAAUCAUUUAUAGUUUAUUAAGAAUGUGCUUUACAAAUUUGGUUGCUGUUUACUCAUAUUUUGCUCCUAUUAUGUGUAAACAGCAUCACAUGUGGGAUGGUGACAAUGCUGGAGGGAUUUACAGCAGUUUAAUAGUAUGGAAGUUUGAAAUCUUUCCUAGCAAAAACAAUACAAAUGUACUUUCAGCACUCACCUCCCGCUGGUUGUCCGUGGAAAAGCAAGACGUUUUUUUUAUUUUAUUUUUUUACAUUUUUUAAUGGUUUUUCUUUUAAGUUAUUUUUGUUUUGGGGCUGGUUUCCCAUAUUAGGAGUGUUUGCGGGUUAUAGUUAUAAAUUUAGACCAAUAAAUUUAGACCAGAAACUGAUCUAACAGUCAGCUGACAUAGACAUGGUGAAGUCUGACAUUAUAAGAUUAGUUGUUCUUUUUUUUUUUUUUUAGUUGUGUCGAAUUCAUGUCAGGAUAGAUGGGACCUCAUCAAAUUUAUAUCACUUUAUUUUAUUAUUUUAUUUGAUCAGAAUAUAAAUUAUCUACUUGAACUUUUCUCAUACAUUAUGCCAAUUUCUUUCUCAGUCUUUAGUUCAUUCUUGCACUUUCUUUGGAAAUCGAUUUCUUAAGUCAGUUCGACUUUUAUUAUAGACCUAAAAAUUACUCUGAGGCGUUUGACAUGUUUACUUAAAGUAUAAAAUGUGUUGUUAUGUGACACCAGUGUGCCAGUCAAACACAACUGAACUACAUUUUUGGGGUUCAAGUUUGAAUGUGAGUGUUUUGUUCAUUUUAGGGUAAAAUGUUCAUGUAUUUUCACACAUUUACCUUUGCAAUCAGUUUGUGUGCUACCAUACCAAUAUGUUAAAUGUGUGUUUUUCAGUUCUUUUAUUUCUUGGUAAACUUAUUCUUGUGUUCCAGUGCUGCUAAAAAAAAAAAAAAAAAAAAAAAAAAGAAA